ACUUUAUAGUCUAGCUAAUUGAAACUUAUGAGUUUGAUAUACUCACAUUUCAAAAACUAGUUCAAUGGCAGUCAAAUUUUACCAGAUUAGUUCAAUGUCUAAACAAUCAUUAUAGCCACAUUCAAGACAAGAAGAAGAACAAGAGGAAAAACUUGAAAACCAUCAGAGCCAUUUCACAGUGUCACGUUCAUUGAAACAGUUUAGCUUUAUUGUUACACUGUCAUACCCUUUUUGUGAUCAUGUUUUGCAUCAAAGAAAUGGCCAAACGAGAAGAGUUAUACUCAAAUCUAUUACGAGUAUAUGCACAAGACUCAAACUUUCUGAAAGGAACAGCAAUUCACGCUCAUUUCAUCAAAGGGUAUAUCCCUUUUACUCUUUUCCUUCAAAACCAUUUGCUCAACAUGUAUAUCAAAAUCCGAGACCUUACUUCUGGACUCCAACUGUUUGAUGAAAUGCCAGAUAGAAAUGUGGUGUCUUGGUCUGUUGUCAUGGCUGGUUGCGUCCGUAAUGGCUGUGCUUCAGAAGCUCUUUCUUUGUUCACCAGUAUGCACCGCGAGGGAGUCACGAAACCGAAUGAGUUCACCUUUGUGAGUGCUCUCCAAGCUUCUUCUUUAGCCGAGAAUGAAACACAGGCUUACCAGAUUUAUUCGUUAGUAGUUCGGUCGGGACUUGAGUCUAAUGUCUUUUUGCUUAACGCAUUUUUGACAGCCUUAGUUAGGCAUGGUAAAUUGACGGAAGCCUUGCGAAUUUUUGAGACGAGUCCUAUUAGAGAUAUUGUGACAUGGAACACCAUGAUAGGGGGUUACUUGCAGUUUUCUUGUGAACGGAUUCCGGUAUUCUGGCGCUACAUGAUUUGUAAGGAUGUAAGGCCGGAUGAGUUCACUUUUUCCAGUGCUUUAACGGGGUUGGCUGCCAUCUCCUAUCUUGAAAUGGGAACUCAGGUGCACGCACACCUUGUUAAAAGUGGUUAUGGGGAUGACAUCUGUGUAGGGAAUUCUUUAGUUGAUAUGUAUAUAAAAAAUCAAAAGUUGGAGGAGGGUUUCAAGGCUUUUGAUGAGAUGCCUAACAAAGAUGUGUGCUCUUGGACACAAAUGGCGGAUGGAUGUUUACGGUGGGGGGAACCAAGAAAGGCACUUGCAGUCAUUGCACAAAUGAAAAAAAUGAGUAUCAAGCCAAAUAAAUUUACCUUGGCAUCUGCUCUAAAUGCUUGUGCUUGUUUGACUUCAUUGGAGGAAGGGAAACAGUUUCAUGGCUUGAGGAUCAAACUCGGAAGUGACGUUGAUGUUUGUGUUGAUAAUGCUCUUCUUGAUAUGUAUGCAAAAUGUGGAUGCAUGGAUAGUUCACGGGCACUUUUUCGAUCGAUGGAUUCUCGCUCUGUUAUCUCAUGGACAACAAUGAUAAUGGCGUGUGCACAGAAUGGUCAAUCCAGAGAAGCUCUUCAAAUUUUUGAUGAAAUGAGGGAAACGAGUGUAGUACCAAACUACAUCACAUUCAUUUGUGUUCUUUAUGCGUGUAGUCAAGGUGGAUUUGUUGAUGAAGGGUGGAAGUAUUUUUCCUCCAUGAAUAAUGACUAUGGAAUCUUUCCCGGAGAAGAUCACUACAUUUGCAUGGUGAGUAUCCUAGGCCGGGCUGGGCUUAUCAAAGAAGCUAAGGAGUUAAUCUUACGAAUGCCAUUUCAACCCGGUGUGCGGGUUUGGCAAACAUUGCUCAGUGCUUGUCAGGUUCACGGGGAUGUAGAGACCGGGAAACUUGCAGCAGAACAUGCCAUAAAACAUGACAAAAAUGACCCGUCAUCCUAUGUAUUAUUGUCUAACAUGUUGGCUGAAUCAAGCAAUUGGGAUGGCGUGGUGAGUCUGAGAGAACUAAUGGAGAUAAGGAAUGUAAAGAAAAUACCAGGAUCCAGUUGGAUUGAUAUUGAAAAGAUUUAAAUAUCAGGAAUACAUGGUUGAAGGAGAAGUUGUUUAGAGGAUUCUCCCCCCUUCCUUUGGGUUGUGAUAUAUCCAAUUAGUCUAUACAUAGAGGAAGAUAUAUUAAUAUACAUGUCUCGUCCUCGGAAAGUAGCAUGUGCGUUGCACAAAUAGAAGCUCAAUUUUAUUAGGAUAUUUUUACUUUUUGGAUGUUAUUUUGACCAUCUUAAUUUUUAUAACAUUUUUUUGUUUUCUGUA